AGUUGUUGAGAGCGCGAGUGUCUGAGAAUCAACCACGCUUCCCCUCCUUCUCACCGAUUUAAUUAAAUUCAAAAAUCAAUCAAAACUAACUUAGCAGAGUUAUUAUAAAACCUAAGCGUGAUUCACCGAUUUAUAGUGUAUCUGUGUUAGGUUUUAUUGUUGAACGUUGAAUAUCCAAAAUGAGUGCUAAUAAUGGAAAUUCAGUUCCGAAGCCAUUAACGGUUGAGAUCAAAGAGCUGAAAUUCACUUAUCCUGGAAUCGACGGUCAUCCUCCUCCGGGUUCUAAACCUCUCAUCGAACAUUUCUCUCUCAACCUCUUCUCCGGUGAUCGUUGCCUUCUCGUCGGAUCCAAUGGCGCAGGUAAAACCACAAUUCUGAAGAUAUUAGGAGGGAAACACAUGGUGGAACCUGAAAUGGUUCGUGUUCUUGGUAGAUCAGCUUUUCAUGAUACUGCUUUAUCAUCUUCUGGUGAUUUGUGUUAUCUUGGUGGUGAGUGGAGGAGAGAUGUUGCUUUUGCUGGUUUUGAAGUUCCAAUACAGAUGGACAUUUCUGCUGAGAAAAUGAUAUUUGGUGUGGCUGGGAUUGAUCCUGAAAGAAGAGCAGAGCUUAUUAAGGUAUUAGAUAUCAAUCUUUCAUGGAGAUUACAUAAAGUAUCUGAUGGUCAAAGAAGAAGAGUGCAAAUUUGUAUGGGUCUCCUCAAACCUUUCAAGGUCCUUCUUCUGGAUGAGAUAACAGUUGACCUUGAUGUUCUAGCAAGAGCUGACCUUCUGAAGUUUUUAAAAAAGGAAUGUGAUGAGAGAGGUGCCACUAUUAUAUAUGCAACACAUAUAUUUGACGGUCUUGAGGAUUGGCCAACAAAUAUUGUUUAUGUUGCUCAUGGAAGGCUGCAACUAGCAUUGCCCAUAGAGAAAGUCAGAGAAACUAGCAAACUGUCACUAAUGAGAACAGUAGAAGCUUGGCUACGGAAGGAACGAGACGAAGAUAGAAGAAUAAGGAAAGAAAAGAAGGCUGCUGGCCUUCCUGAAUUUGAAAAGCAAGUUGAGGGAAGUCGUGUAGUUGGGGGGGAUCCUGCACGAGCUUCAGUUCGAGUUACUAAUAAUGGCUGGGCCGCAGGCAGGUUACAUUCCACCGUUGCUGGCGAAGAAAAUUUCCUCCUAAGCUCAAACCGAGUAUUGAGGGGGUAAAAUAAUUUUAAAAUUCUUUUGAGCACUUUUGCUGUUUGAUUUUAUGACCUUAAAAUAAAAUUUAUUUGCCAAUGUUUUCUCCUCUUUGUUAUAUAGCCUCUUUGUUCUGUAGAAAGGUUUACAUGUUAUACAGAUAAAGUAAAAAUGUAUGUAGCCUCCAAAGUUUAUAAUGCUUGGUUGAAAUCCUUAUGUAACAUUCUUAUUACAAAUUUGUAACCCCUGUGUUUGGGUAGAAAGAGAACAACAGCAACUGUAAUCAAAUUGUUAAAAUAUCUAUUGGUAUGACAAGUGACAUGUAACAUCUUUGGGGUUC